AUGGCGCCUCCGAAUGGGCACCUGCUGCUCCCCAAAAUGUGGAGAGCAGCGAGGUUCGCCUAUGAGAAGGCCUCCAAGGCCAUAAGGGCCAAACUACCAGAGCCUACGCAACAAGCGUCACUACGAUACCAACCUGCUUAUGCCCGCAUCAACCGUCAGCCUAUCAAUCGCGUUGCCGCCAUUCGCCAGUCCCGAAGCCGUUACUUCUCGACUCGUGCAGCCAAUGCCUUCAUCUCGGCCGUCCGUGGUGUACAGGCGGAUCUUGGUGGUUACAAGACUACUCGCGUCGCCUCAAACAUCAGUCGACUGACAAGCCGUGCUCCAUUUGCGUCCACCCUUCGCCCCAACCUUACCGGUGGAACUCUGGGUCGUACUGCCGGAGGAUACGCUGUCGGAGCUGGUCGUUUCGGCGGUGCUCGGUACUUCUCCCAUGGUCCUGCGGCUCCAGCCCAGGUGAUUCAGAAUGUGUCCCAGGGCGUUCGGGCUUUCUUCCUUUCGGGGCAGAAGGUCCGAUUCGACGGCAUCGACCCCCGCACUGGCGAGAAGCGGUACAAGGCUGUCAGCGCUCUCCAGGACCAGGCUGGGCGUAAGAUGACUGCCAAUCCCCACAACGCCUCUGGAUCGUUCCUCGACUUCCAGCUUUCGCCCACUAUCACCGCUUUCGGUGCCCUCGCUGCGCUCGACAAGAAGACUGGUGUCGCUUCCGUCGAGACACUGAAUUCAGAUGGCUUGAUGGAUCUACUUUCUGCCGACUUUGCCCGUGCUUUGAAGGAAUUCGCCUUGGUGAUGAACGAUCUUAAGCGCCUUUCAACACUUGGUGAUUUGCCAAUCAUGCUCCAUGAUCGAUCCACCAUUCGUGUCCGGUUCCCUGGCUGCGAUGCUGACACUGUCGAGCGCCUCUGUGACGAGGUUGGUGUUCAGAGAGGCCGAAUCACACAGGACGAAGACUUCGAGCUUCGCACCGGCGCUGAUCUGGCUUUGUUGUUCCCCUUCGCCCCUAGCUAUGCCCCAUCAUCCGAUACGGAGUACUUGUUCGAGAAGGCAUCGCUACAUAAGUCGCAGCAGUCCGAUGAGCUCGACUGGCAUGGCAUGAUCUCACCGGAAAGUCCAUUGUCAAAGGACUCCGGUCUUGACACCAGCCCCGCCAUCAGCUUCGAUGAUAAGGAACUGUUCGGCAGUAACCCGUGGACAGCCUCGCCAUCUGUGUACUCGAGCAUUAACAUCAGUGAGCUCGGGGAUCGCGCCUGUUUCCAGGAAGUCUCGAGCACUGGUCUGCCAGAGAGUUCCUCCGAGUACGAUGGCGCCGAAGGCAUUCACAGAUUCUUGGCUGAAUGUGAUCGCGCUCGGCGUUAA